AUGUCGAGCUCCUUUGAGAAAUCCGUGAAGGGGGCCACAAAGAUAAAGGCCGCGCCGCCCAAGACGAAAUACAUCGAACACAUCCUUGUUGCGACACACGCCGGCGAGGCUGGCGUGGCCGAGGUCUUCCGCGCCCUGCAGUUCCGCCUUCGAGACUCGACAUGGACCGUCGUCUUCAAGAGCUUGAUCACCGUCCACCUAAUGAUCCGUGAAGGCUCCCCCGACGUCACACUCUCCUUCCUGUCAAACCACCCGAAUACUCUUGCUAUCAGCAGCUUUACCGAUGCCCAGACUCAAGGUCGGAAUAUCCGCCAUUAUGCCAACUAUCUCGCGGCGAGAUCCAAGGCCUACCGUGAAACAAAGUGCGAUUGGGUCCGGACCAAAGAAUCGAGGUUGGAGAAGCUCUCAGUGGACAAGGGCCUCCUCCGAGAGACGGAAAUCCUCCAGUCUCAGAUUUCGGCACUGUUGAAAUGCGAUGUGCUUGAGGGCGAAAUCGAAAAUGAAAUCACCGUUACCGUUUUCAGGCUGCUGGUGCUGGACCUCCUGGCUCUCUUCCAGGCUUUGAACCAGGGAAUGAUCAAUAUCCUCGGUACCUUCUUCGAAAUGUCCAAGGUCGACGCCGAAAGGGCCAUGGCAAUCUAUCGCACUUUCACGAAGCAUACAGACUUCGUCGUUCAAUAUCUCAGCGUUGCGCGGCAAUAUGAGCAUCAAACGAGGGUCGAGGUCCCCAAGCUGAAGCACGCCCCGGUAAACUUGGGCCGACAACUAGAGGAGUAUCUACGGGACCCGGACUUCGAAGUCAACCGGAGGCAGUACAUUGUCGAGCAACAAGCAAAGAAAAGUGGGAAGGGAGGGACUUCAAAAUCGUCGAGCAGCGCCUUCGACUCGAAGCCGGCACCGGCAGUGACCGACCAUUUCCCGAACACCAAUGGAAGCACCAAUGGGCUGUCGCAGCCGAAGGCUGAGACCACCAAGGGGCCUGCGCCGGACUUGAUCGACUUCUUCGAAUCGAUCGAGCAGAACCAGACACCGAUGGCUCCGAAUGUCCAGCAACAUCAGCAGCAGCAGCAGCAGCAGCAGCAACAGGAGCAAAUGCCUAUGCAGACGGGUUUUGCAGCCAACAGUCCGUUCCAGCCGCAACCUACUGGCUUUCAACAGAAUGGCUUCGCGCCACAGCAAACCGGCUUCGCGCCACAGCAAACCGGCUUCGCGCCGCAACAAACAGGCUUUGGGACGAACCCCUACCAACCGCAGAGCACAAAUCCGUUUGGCCAGCCGCAACAGCAGCCUCAGCAGCAGCAAGCACCACAACCGCUGCAACCCAGCUUUACCGGAGCUGGGUUUGGCGGAUUUACGCCCCAACCGAGCUUCCAGCCAGGCACACUCGGCUCAAUACCUCAAGAAUCAGUGGCGAGCUUCCCGACGGGUAACACGGGCAUGCUGAGUCCCCAGGCCGGACAGCAAAUCACCAAUCCCUUCCGGGCAUCCAUGCUGAUGGCCCAGCAAACGGGCAUGUCUACCAAUACUGCCUUCUCCAACCCGACCGGUCCGAACCCGCAAAGGCAGUCCACCAACCCCUUCGCCAGGUCCUCGCCACAAGCGCAGCAACCGUUCUCACCCGCCCCUAGUAAUUCACCUUUCCAAUCGCAGACGCAUCAACAGCAGCAGCUCCCAACACUUGCUCCACUACAACCCAUGAUGACGGGUACCAAUCCCUUUGCGAAGAAUUUCACCGGCCAACAGCAACGGCCCGCCACUAGUUCUGGCGCCCUUGCUCCGCAACCCACAGGGACCACAAACCCCUUCCGUCAGGGCGCGUUUGUCAACCACCAGACCGGUAUGGGCUGGCAAAAUAAUCAACAACCCAUUGGUGGCGGUCUGGACAAUGUCGAAACGGUGCCCGUCUUCCCUCGGCCCAUCCAGCAGAGCCCGUGGCAGACAUAA